AUGGGAAAACAUCGACGUGAUGAAAUGGAUUUUCAUUUCGAUUAUUAUUUUUUUCUACGUCUUAUAGAUAUUUCAAAGAUACUUUUUCCACGUAUCGAAUGGGCUGCACUCUUCACGUUUGCCACACUUUUUUUUGCAAUUGCUUGUGAAGUGUUGACAUUUUUAACGGGUAUGAUACCAGGUCAAAUAUAUCAGGCACUAGUGGAUAAAAGUAAACCGGAUUUCUGGAAUAUUUUCCUGACUGGCUCACUUGCGUAUAUUGGCAAAUGUGUGUUGAUAGCUUUGAAAUCGUUCACAUCGUGGCAACUUUAUUUAAGUUGGCGCAAAAAUGCAGUAAUCAAGUUGCAACAGUAUUAUUUCAGUAAUCAUGCAUACUAUAAUAUCAAUAAUAUUGAUGAUUGCGGCAUUGAUAAUCCCGAUCAACGUAUUACACAAGAUACUGAAAAAAUUUGUAAUCAAUUAGCAAUUAAUAUAAUUCCUGCUAUACUUAUUGGGCCAUUUGUUAUUGCUUUCUAUACCUAUAAAACAUAUAUCAGUAGUGGUGGCUUGGGUAUUGGUAUUAUUUAUGGUUAUUUUGUUGUUGGCACCAUUGUCAACAAAUUUCUUAUGUCACCAAUGGUAAAAUGGAAUGCUCGGGUAGCAAAAGCGGAAGGUGACUUCAGAUAUAAGCAUAUUUCAAUACGAAAUAAUGCUGAAUCAAUUGCUUUAUAUGAAGCGGAACCAUUUGAGCAAUAUGAAUCCAAUCGAAUAUUUAUGAUAUUAUGGUGGCGACAAUUUAAAUUUUUAUGUUGGAAAUUACCAAACUUAUUUUGGCAACAACUUUUCGAUUAUUACGGCGGCAUUUUAUGCUAUGCAAUACAAUUUAUUCCAAUUUUAAUUGCUGGAAUAUAUGAUGAUUUACCAAUUCAAGAUUUAGGAAGAGUUAUAAGCAAUAAUGCAUUUGUCUACAUGUAUCUAAUCAACAGUUUUACGCGAAUAACAGAUGUAGCACUUAGCACCGGUGAAAUGGCUGGCAUAUUACAACGCGUGGCAGAAUUAAUUCGUGUAUGCGAACAUAUGGGCAAUAAUAGAACUGGUAGCAAUAAUUUUUUAGCUGAUUCAAGAUUUAUAAAAGAUGAUACGAAUCGUGAUAUGAUAUAUGAUAUUCAUAAGAUUAGCUAUUCAUUACCAAAUUAUUAUUCUACUCAAAACUUACUUAAUGAUUUUUCAUUUUUAAUCAAUAAGAAUGCAAAAAUUUGGAUAAAAGGUGUUAAUGGAAGUGGAAAAACUUCACUUAUUCGAGUAUUGUCGCAAUUAUGGCGGCAUGAAACUGGAUAUAUUAAAUGUGGAGCAAAACGUGGACAAAUUUUACGUUUAUCACAAACGGCUUACUUUCCAUGUGGUCAUUUAAGUUUGUUUCAACAAAUUAGCUUUCCAGCAACCGGUAUCUCAGAUAGUCUUGAAAAGACUGAUAAUGAUUAUGCAUCUAUUAUUAAAAUUUUAAACGAAUUAAAACUUGAUUGGUUAAUUGAACGUUGCGAAGGCCUUUUUAAUCCGGUCGAAUUUGAAUGGCAAGAUACAUUAACACAAAGUGAACAACAACGGCUUGCAUUUGCGCGAGUAUUUUAUCAACAACCGGAACUUGUGAUUUUAGAUGGAUCAAGCAGUUGUAUCGAUUUAGAGAUCGAGGAACACAUCUAUCAACUUCUCAUUUCGAAUAAUAUUGGCUUUAUAUCAAUUGGUCAUCAUCCAUCACUAAUUAAAUUUCAUGACAAAGUGUUACAUUUGAAUGGUUGUGGCAGUUAUACAAUUCGAUCGUUAAAAUCAUUCAAUCAAAUUUCCACUACUGAUAUCACUGAUAUUAUCAGUUCAAACAGUUUUUCAAGUUUUACCUAA